AGCGGAGCAAAAAUCAUUUCAGGCUAUCGUCUUCCUCGCGUUGCUGCUCACAUGGUGUCUACUGUGGUUGCAGAAGCAGAUAGAGAAUAAUACCCGAUAAAACACUCCAAUUUGUUCAUGUUGCUGCUCUUCUAAACCCUAAUUUGAUGAACUCUACUCCACUUUAACACAAACAAUGUGUACAAGAGACACUAUUUUGUCUGCUAGGGUUUAUCAACCCUUUUCUAUAAAAAAUCUCAGCAGAUCAAGCAUUACUUCAAUUCGAGUUCGAAAACACUCGGACCAAUUCAAUUCAUCGAAAUUAUUUAGUGUUGGAGUUAAUUUCACUCGUCGGAAACCCACUUUAUAUUGUAAAUCGACUGAGAAUGCACCAAAUUCGGACACAGAAGAUUUUGUGACUAGGGUUUUGAAGGAAAACCCUAGCCAAGUAGAACCCAGAUUUCAAAUUGGUGAUAAAGUGUAUACUUCGACUGAGAGGGAGAAUUUGAAGAAGAAUAAAUAUCGUUUUGGGGCUCUUGAGGUGUUAAAGAGGCUAAAAUUGAAGGACAAGGUGAGAAUAAACGAGGCGUCGGAGGAAAAUGGAGAUAGAAAUUUGGAGGGUAAUGUGUAUUUGAAUGAUAUUUUGAGGGAAUAUAGAGGGAAGCUAUAUGUUCCUGAGCAAAUGUUUGGGGUGGAUUUGUCGGAAGAAGAGGUAUUUGAUCGGAAUAUCGAGGCGUUACCUAAAAUGAGCUAUGAGGAAUUUGUGAAGUUUAUGGUUAAGGAUAAGGUUAAGUUGUUGAGUUUCAAGGAGCAGAGUGGAAUUGUUUCUGGGGAUGAAAUGAGAGAUUUUAUUGUUGAGCUGAAAGAUACUCCCGGGGAGAAGAGCUUGCAUCAAAUUCAAUGGGCAAUGCAGUUGGGUGCUGAUCAAGCAAAGGAGCUCUUGGCAGAGUACACUGGUCCUCAGUAUGAAAUAGAGACACGAGCUAUGACAUCGAUUGUGAAUUCGCCCGAGUACCCUAAUCCUGUUGCAUCCUCCAUUUCGAGCAGAAUCAUGGUGGAAUUUGGAAUGGUUACAGUCGUCAUGGCAGCUGCUGCAGUUAUUGUUGGAAGCUUCCUCGCUUCAGCUGUAUUUGCAGUCACUAGUUUUGUUUUUGUUGCCACUGUGUACAUUGUUUGGCCUGUAGUCAAGCCUUUUCUUAAAUUUUUCUUUGGCAUCAUAUCUGGAAUUGCAGAAAGUGUCGGGGAUAAAUGGGCUGACAUUUUCAUUGAUGGAGGGGUUGUUUCCAAGUUACAGGAAUUCUAUAUUUUUGGUGGUGUAUCUGCCAGUCUUCAGAUACUAAGACCAAUCAUGCUAGUCCUUUUAAUUAUGGUUCUCCUUGUACGUUUUACUCUUUCGAGAAGACCAAAAAAUUUCAAGAAGUGGGACAUAUGGCAAGGUAUUGAUUUUUCACAAUCCAAGCCUCAGGCUCGAGUUGAUGGUUCAACUGGGGUUACUUUUGCUGAUGUGGCUGGCAUUGAAGAAGCAGUUGAAGAACUUCAAGAGUUGGUGAAUUACUUGAAGAAUCCAGAUCUAUUUGACAAAAUGGGGAUCAAACCUCCACAUGGAGUCCUUCUUGAAGGGCCACCUGGUUGUGGAAAGACAUUAGUUGCAAAAGCUAUAGCUGGUGAAGCUGGUGUUCCAUUUUACCAAAUGGCUGGGUCAGAGUUUGUUGAAGUUCUCGUUGGUGUUGGCUCUGCACGUAUCAGGGAUUUAUUCAAGAGAGCCAAGGUAAAUAAGCCAUCAGUCAUAUUCAUUGAUGAGAUUGAUGCAUUAGCUACACGACGUCAAGGAAUAUUCAGUAAUUCAAGUGAUAAUCUAUACAAUGCAUCAACUCAAGAGAGAGAAACUACCUUAAAUCAGCUUUUAAUUGAGCUUGAUGGUUUCGAUACUGGAAAAGGUGUCAUCUUUCUAGGUGCUACAAACAGGAUGGAUUUGUUAGAUCCUGCACUUCUUCGACCAGGUCGUUUCGAUAGAAAGAUAAGAGUUCAACCUCCUAGUGCUAAAGGAAGAUUGGAAGUCUUGAAAGUUCAUGCUCGGAAAGUAAAAUUGUCACCUUCUGUUGACUUGUCCACUUAUGCAAAUGACCUACCUGGAUGGAGUGGUGCUAGGUUGGCUCAGUUGUUGCAAGAGUCUGCUUUAGUAGCUGCUAGGAAAGGGCAUGAAGAGAUUGAGCAGUCUGACAUUGAUGAUGCUGUGGGUCGACUAACAAUUGGGCCUAAACGUGUUGGCAUAGAGUUGGGGCACCAAGGACAAUGUCGCAGGGCUACAACUGAAGUUGGAACUGCUAUGACAUCUCAUUUGCUUAGAAGGCUUGAGAAUGCAAAAGUUGAACCUUGUGACCGUGUGUCUAUCAACCCACGUGGCGAGACAUUGUCUCAAGUCGUGUUUCAUCGUCUGGAUGAUGAGCUGUACAUCUUUGAGAGGCGGCCCCAGUUGCUAUAUCGUUUACAGAUAUUACUCGGUGGGAGGGCUGCUGAGGAAGUUAUAUAUGGACGUGAUACAUCGAGGGCAUCAGUUAAUUAUCUUGCUGAUGCAACCUGGCUUGCCCGGAAAAUAAUAACCAUAUGGAAUCUAGAGAAGCCUAUGACCAUACAUGGGGAACCACCUCCCUGGAGGAAGACGGCUAAAUUUGUGGGACCCAGACUGGAUUUUGAGGGAUCGUUGUAUGAUGAUUAUGACCUUAUUGAACCCCCAAUUAAUUUCAAUUUGGAUGAUCAAGUUGUCAAGAGGACUGAAGAAUUGGUGCAGGAGAUGUAUAAGAAGACUGUAACAUUGCUUAGGCGGCACCAUGCAGCUUUGCUCAAAACUGUGAAGGUUCUUUUAAAUCAAAAGGAGAUCAGUGGAGCAGAAAUCGAUUUUAUCCUCGACAAAUACCCUGCUGAAACACCCGUAAACCUUCUUUUGGAGGAGGAAAAUCCUGGUAGCCUUCCCUUCUUCAGAGAGGAGCAAGGAUAUGAACUAGAGUAUGAAUUAACAACUCCAUCAAGUGGUGAAUUGGUGUGAAAUCUGGCUUUUCAUAGAUCAUCUUGCCCAACUACGUUUUUUAUGCAAAAAAAAUGCAUUUAUGCGCCAAUCAGGCAAAGAUGAAAAAUGCAUGUAAGUAUUUUGUAAGCUCUCAUAUGAAAAUGAAUGUUGAGAUAUUAACAUGAGUUUGUAAAUUGUAAGGCUAUGUUUUCUUUGUAGUUCUGAACUUAUUACUUUACUAGUUAAAAUCAUAUUAGACUGAAACCAAACUAGAAUUAUUCAGACCAAACUAGUUUAGACUUCCUUAAAUCUGUUUAGUUAUUACUAAAGGUGCGUCUUCUUUACUUUACAAAAAUACUUCCAUUGUAUUUUUUCUAUUUUAACAUUUGUUAUUUAUGAAAGUUUAAAAUUAAUUGUUACUAAA